UCCAACUUCAAACAAAAUCUACUCGUUCCCAACAACAUGGACAGACAAAUCACGUGGGCUGAGAUCUUGGAUGAAUAUGAGGCCCGGGAGUCGGCGUGCCAGUCGACCACGUGGGGGGACGUUAUGGAUAAGGUGGACCCUUUCCCAGGCCAAAGUUACAAGAAUCGCUCCCCAAAGAGGAUAAUUGGGGAGUUGAAGGACGUCAGCGGGAUGAAGCAUCUCCAGGAAAAGAACCUUAGCAAAGAAAGAUGCACCAUGGAAGAGGAGCGCCUCUUUGAGGUGCAGCGCAUUGCCAGGGCGAAGUGCCGCACAGAUGAGAAGUACUUCCGAGACUAUCUCCUCAAGAAGCGCCUCAUUCAAGUGAAGUACUUCAUUGAUGAGAAGCAUCAUCUCGAGAUGAUGUGUCCUGAGGAGAAGAAUCUGGAGGAGGAGGAGAAGUGUCUCGCCAACGUGAAACGCGUCGAGGAGGAGAAGCGCCUUGAGCAGGAGCAGCGCCUUGCCAGCAUUGCAACCAUCACCACCACCGCAUGA